UUGAUUUAGCUCUUCUGUGCCAACACACCAGUUUGAUGCAUUACUGCUAAAAAAAAAGGCGCAAAGACUGUACCAACUAGUUAGGCUAGCCAGGAAACGUUUCCCAAAUCAGGCUAUGCUUAAAUAGCAGACUAGUUCAGCGUGAGGCUAUGCAUUUAACUAGAGAUCUACCUGUAAUGAAUGCGGUGUUGCGGGAGCAGGGAACCAGGCGCAGGCAGAGGUAGUCGGUGUUGAUUUUUUAAAUUUAAACAAAAGUAACACUGAGCACAAAAACAACGAAAGAAAAGGCGGACUUCAGCAGCAAAACGAAUGCAAUCAACGAUAUAAGACACCAAACUCAGGAUGCCGUACAUCACAGAUAUUGAUGUUUCCAUUUAUCCUCAUCAGGAGCAAGCCCUAACGAACAAAGGUUUCAAAAUAAUCAAUGUUGAUCUGAACAAAGGCACUAGCGGAAACCAUAUUUACCUCUGGUACAAGGAGGGCAGCAGCAAUCCCAUCACCAGAUUGCAGGUUACAUUCAAAGAUGACAUGCAAAAUGGUUUGAGGAAUGCAGGUUACCGUAAGGUGGAUAGAGACCUCAACGCUGGGGCUGGAGGAGAUGAAAUCUUUCUCUGGUACUACAAAGGUACAACUGAGUAUGACAACCCUAUAGUGGAUCUUAAGGUCACCUCAAAUGCAACAGAUGAAGCCCAAUAUUACCAGAAUGGCUGGGAACGACUGACGUGUGACCUGAAUCGCGAAGCUAAAGGCAAGUUGAUCCGUGUUUGGGUGAAGAAAGAAAAGAAAAUGUACAUCUCUGACAUCAAGGCAACUACCACUUUUGCAUUUGAUCACGAGUAUUUUUCCCAGGGCUACACCCGUGUGGAUGAAGAUGUGAAUCGAGCUGCAGGAGAAGCCUUUGUCUUUCUUUGGUAUCGUCAGUCCCAAACAUAUUACCAAACCAUCAAUCUCCUGGAUGUCUCCACUAACCGCGAGGAAGAGGAAAGCCUUCAGAUACAGGGUUAUACCGCUGUUGGUGUUAAUCUCAAUGAAGGAACACGAGGCCCCCGGAUAAAUGCCUGGUACAAGAAGGGUUCAGACCGUCCCAUCCAGACCUUCACUGUAAUAUUUCAACAUGAAAUGAGUCCUUAUGCGCAGGCUGGCAUCCAAGUCAUUGAAAAAAAUCUGAAUACAGGCAACAAAGGCACCCCCUUGUACCUGGCAUACCAAUGAGAUCAGGGGUUUCAUUUUCUGUAUUCCAUGUGCUCAGUAUACCUGUCAAAUUAGCGUAGCAUCACAUAGCUUAGAACAAGAUAGCACAACAACACAAAUACCAUGUAACAUGUUAAAGAAAACCUGUGGAUCAAGUCAGUUUAACACAGUCUUCAUGCAUUUUUUACAUUUAAUCUUCUAAUCAGAUUGUAUUUGAGAUAUCUAUAUUGUUGUUGUUGUUACUCCUUAUGCCUUUUGUGAUAUGGGUCAACAUGAAUUACUUUGCUUACAAAUAAAAAAAAAAGUUCCAUAUCAAUAA